AUGACAUGAUAUGUCUAGAGAGAGUGGUACUCCCGAUGAUACCUCACAAGAAAACCCAAAAUGUCUGCUGCAAUUCUCAGUCGUUUGUUAAAAAUUUCCACUUUAACAACACAUAGAGUACUAAUAAGAUCAGCAUCAUCAUCAUCAUCAUCAUCAUCUUUAUUUCUAACAACCCCUCAUUAUACAAUUGUCAAUCAUCAUCUUGUGAGAUGGUACCAUAAUUAUUACCCACAUGAUCUUCCUGGAAUCCCAAAUGAUGGUAAAGUCGUUCUACUCAAUAAUUCAAAAACUGGGUAUCAAGUUUAUCUUGUUGGGACUAUUCAUGUUUCAAAAGAGAGUGCUGACACUGUUAAGAAGGUGAUUAAUUAUGUAAUGCCUGAUGUUGUCGCGGUUGAGCUGUGCAAUAAACGGGCCAUAGAACUUAUGAAGUGGAAGCCUGGAGAUGACGACUUGUAUAAGUUGUGCCUCAAGUCCAUGAAAUCCCCAGGUGGACUAAGCAUGAAGCUUUUUAGUUUUCUUAUUAACUUAUGGUAUCGUCGUUUGAGAGCUGGUGGAACAUUUCCAGGCCUGGAGUUCAAGGUUGCGAUGGAGGAAUCUAUUAGAGUUAAAGCAGAAUGUUUCCCGAUUGAUCAAGAUGUUCGGGUUUUGUUUCAACAACUAUCUAAAUUGUUGUCAUACGACUUCCUUUGGAAAAUAUGUACUAAAGUUUCAGAGGAAUCCAAGGAGAUAGACCAACUGCUUAACUAUUUUACCGACUCUAAAGAUGAAGACAUGACAAGAUCAUCUGUACGGGAAAUGACUAGUUUUCUGAAAAAAGUAUAUCCGGAGAUUUCAAGGGUGAUUGUUGAAGAUAGAGACAAGGUUAUGUUCACUAGGCUUAGACGUUUUCGAGGGAAAGUUGUAGCGGUUGUUGGGAUGGGUCACAUGGAUGGAAUAGAGCAUAUGUGGAAGAGUACAGAGAAUGAUGACAAUCAGAAGCCUCCUGCAACAUCAGAAGAUGUCACUUAGCCAUGGUAAUCCAUACUCAUUGAUCUGUUGUUCUUAUUUAUGUCUAAAAACUUAAGUAAAUACAUAUUGCACAAUUUAUAAUAAAAUGAAAUUGCCUUUCUUAUGUCA